AUGCUCGGUGAUAUGCUUCUGCAAAUGUGGAAGUACUUUAAUAGUGGCUGGCAGAUGAACGACUUUCAGCUGCGACGGCAACAGUACCUUGCCUUCGUCAAGAUCUUGGACGCGAUGAACGUUGCCUAUUUGCUGACACACAUGGUCAUGGUGGUGCAGGCGCUUCUGUGGCGCAAUCAAGAGAGAACACUGUUGUCCCAACUACCUCCGAUUGGCGUUGGAAUAUCUCUAACCAAUAUGCGCAUUCAUUUGGCCGUCGAUUGCAUAAUCACAGGUAGCACCCUAUUGAUGGGAGUGGUGAACUCAAUCCAGGCUAAACAGACGAUUGCCAACAUGCGCUACUUGUACAGCACCCAAGCGGUUCGGGCGCGCUGUCUACAGGUUGCUCUCCUCGUUAUGCGACUGGACGCUCAACUGUUGACGCUUCAAGCGCAGUUAUCCAAUGGACGUCGCUGCAACCUGGAACUGCGUGCAACCUACGCACAUAUUGUGCGAUUAACUCGAAAGAUUUCUGACCUCUAUGGACUCUCAGUGCUGUUAAUGAAUAUGCUCUGCAUCGGUGACUUCAUCAUGGUAUGCUAUGCGUAUAUCGUACUGUGGGAAAUUACAGAUACGAAUCUCAGCUGGCUGCUGAUUUGGCAAGGCUUUUACGUUCUACUACCCACAACGAUGAAGAUCUGGAUACUCUGUGCCGCUUGCCACAACUGUGCUAAGCACUCGGAGCAGCUACAGACACUACUAAGAGGCUCUUGCAAAGAGAACAGGACAAUAUAUGGAAUCGAUUUGAGAGCCUCUCGUGAUCAAACCAAUGAAUUCGCUCUGCAGAUUAUGCAAAAUCCUGUGCACUUCGAUGUCUGUGGAAUCUACCAUCUGAAUUUAAAGACACUGGCUGGGAUGUUUCUCUUCAUACUAGAAUCUUUGGUCAUAUUUCUACAGUUUGUAGCACUCGUCAAACAGCAGAGCAUUUGA